UAAAUCACAAUUCACUCGAAUCUACACCAAAAUGAAGAAUUUCCUUUUAUUUACAUAUGUUUUACUUUUGAAAGAAACAGGUGUGUUUGGUGCUUCAGAUGAAGAGAUGUCGGUGACGGAGGGUGAUUCUGUCACUCUACACACUGAUUUUAACGAAACACUGAAAGUUGAGCUGAUACGUUGGAGAUAUGGACCUGAUAGUGCUCCUAUAGCUCAACUCAACAGAGAGAUUAAUAAGAUCUUAUAUGAUGUUCUUGACGGGAGAUUCAGAGGCAGACUGCAGCUUAAUGAUCAAACUGGAUCUCUGACCAUCACUAACAUCACAACUGAACACACUGGAGUCUAUGAACUACAGAUCAGCAGCAGAAACGAGGUUUCAUCUAAGAAAUUCAGUAUUGUUGUUUCUGCUCGUCUGCCUGUUCCUGUCAUCAGCAGAAACUCUUCACAAUGCUCUUCAUCAUCAUCCUCCUCAUCCUCAGAGCAGAAUUGUUCAUUGGUGUGUUCAGUGGUGAAUGUGGGUCAUGUGACUCUCUCCUGGUACAAAGGAAACAGUUUAUUGUCCAGCAUCAGUGUGUCUGAUCUCAGCAUCAGUCUCUCUCUACCUCUGGAGGUGGAAUAUCAGGAUAAAAACAGCUACAGCUGUGUGCUCAACAAUCCCAUCAGCAACCAGACUCAACACCUGGACAUCACUACACUCUGUCACACAUGUGAAGUGGAUGCAUCAAGUUUAACCACAGCGGACGGCUUAUCGUUAGGUCACAUGGUGCUGAUCUGCGUUGUUGUUGUAAUUGCUGUACCAGUCUUUGCUGUGAUUCUGCAGAAAAUGGAGAGAACGUCCAACAGGAGACAACAGCAUUAA